AGAGAUUACACGAGACUAUGGUCUGUCUUUUCUGUGUUAGGUGAUACUACAACACUAUCUGCCACACUUGGUUACCAGACUGGUCCAACAGUAAUUGGUCAGGGACAACAGAUAGAUCAGUAUGGAUCUUUCAUUGAACCUGAAGUAGCCGAUCACGUGAUAUUUUCUAGUAGAGAAUCUAAGAACGAUAAAACCGUCUUUUCAUCGAUAGGCAUGUGUCUGUCUUAAUGGAUUGAGAAUUCAGGAGAUCGAAGAAAAAUGAUUGGACUCGGUUUUCAUCUGGUGAUUGUAUGUCUGCUGGUGACGUCAUCAGAACAAACAGAUAUCGGGGUCAAGGAGACAACGGAUGUGACGUCACCCACUGAUACAACUGCUGAUGUCGGUCCUACUGUACCUAUCAAUGAGACAGACUUACAAAAAACUUUCCGAGAACUGGAAGAUGAGAUAACGUCCCCCCACUGUAAAAUGGUUUUAAAAGACCGAGCGAAUGUUCUAACCAGCUUCAGUGAAGCGUGCUGCAUGUUAAUCUCCUUCCAGACGACCCUGGUACCGUUGAUGUGUACACAACUCGAGUACGACAGGGCGCAUGACGUCCUGUGUGUCAACGUGACCUGCCCAACGACGACGGCACCACCCGAGCACGUGACCAACGCCAGCCAGACGUCCACGGAACACAAGGAGAAAGUCUUGUGCAUCAUCGACACCCAGCUGUCGUCUGACAGCUGCAGGGCGACAGCCAGACAGCAAGCUGAGGGGGAGUCGGAGCAGGGACACGCUUGUGAGACGCUGAAAAGUUUCCAGUCGGCGCUGGAUGCGAUCGGGUGUUCGAAGCAGGACUACGAUACUCUCUACUCCGUCAUCUGUGAUGACGUCGACACUACUUGUGUACGGGAAGACCCGCUCCAGGCCGUGAUAAACACCUUGACCUUCAGGUGUAAAAGUACCAUGUCGGCUGGUUGGAAAGAACUCAAAUCCCCAGGUGGAUGUUCUACUCUGGAAUCUUCUAGAACCACAAUCCUAACCACAAACAUCUGCACGCUGGGAGACUAUAACCGCCUCCACGGGAUUUUGUGUUCACAGGACAAGUUGGAUCCGAACCAGGUACUCUCUCAAGGCGUCAAGUUCGACAACGCCAUCAACACGGUGCAAACUAAAAUUUCCCAGAGCUGCCACGAAAUAGUGUGGAAGGACCUCGAAAAAAGCGACUAUAACCUUGACCCAGUUUGUCAAAAGUUGAAAUCGUCUGGCCAAGGCCUGCGGGUCAAAGGUCUGUGCACACAAGCCGACCUUGACACGCUAGAACCAGCCGUGUGUAUCGGCCACCGCGUGUACGACCAAAAGGAGCAGGAGCUCCGCACGAAGAUCCACCAGGUGAUCGAGGAGCUGGGCGACAGGUGCAAGGAGACAAUGCUGGAGCAGGAGCGGCAGAUGGAGGACACAACGGUCGAGUCGGCGUGUGUCAAGCUCAAGGCCUCGCACUCGGCGCUGCUCAACACACAGGUGUGUAGCGAGGCGGAGAUUGGUCGACUGUCUCCCCUGCUGUGUGGCAACACCGCUGUCUUGCUACAGGCCAAUCUUCUGGUGCUGCUAGCGGCCUCCAUCUUCACACUUCGUCAGCUUCUGCUCUAACUCUCGGAUACAUACAUCAACAAAAACUUGACUCAGUCAUAGGACCAUUCUCCGUGUGGUCUGACAUAUUUAUGUUCUUUUACAAUUGUGUUUUUUUUAGACUGAAUUUGUAUACACGAAAACAUUUUCUUUUGUUUUAUUUAACAUUUAAUUUUUCCCGGUGCGGCACUUAAUGGUGUCACUCCCCAGAGGCGUAGCGACCCUUCCCAGGGACAAACUUUAAAAUUUUCAAAAAUUUGCACCCCCCCCCCCUCAAACUUUCAAUUUGCACCCCCCCCCCCCCAUCAAACUUUCGAUUUGCACCCCCUUCAAGUUUUUCUCUGUCUUGGUGUCACCCCCCUAAAUGGUGUUACCCGGUGCGGUCCGCGCCCCCCUCGCUAGGCCUCCUAUAGAAAGAUAAUUUGAACACCUCAUAGAUUCUGAAAUAUAUUUCAGUUACUUCCCUUCACGUAGCUCAUGUCCUUAUUAAAUACUAGAUUCAGGUCGAGCUUCCCAAAAGCUUUUUUUUUAAGUCGUUUGAUGCCUUACCCUUGACAUAAUCCCAACAAUUACUUACGAACUAUUGAUAAUUUAGCAACAACAUUUUAAUUGUAUGAUUAAUGUUUUAACAAUUAAAAAAUAAUGAAUCACUC